AUGAUGAAAGUGGAUGCUGAUCAAUCAUUACCGCCUACAGAUGCCAAUAGUACUUUUCGUAUCGAACAGGAGUCCACGGACAAGAGAAGCUAUUGGAAAGAUCUGCGACAAAGUUGCAACUGGAUCCAUUUAACACACAGAUGUUUUGACGAGAAAGAUUGGAAAUUAGCAUUUUGCUCUUCAUCCAUUGACUUUAUUAAUAAAUAUCCAAAUAUUUUCUUGUUAUAUCGAACAAUUUUGUUCUUUCUAACAUUAAUUGACUUAAUACAUGGAAUUGUCAUCGCUCAUCCUAUUCAUGAAUGGUUCAUCUAUUUUACACAUCUAACACUUCUCAUCACAUUCUUCGCUGUCUCCUUUCAGUUUUUAACGACAUGUCGAGUGAAUUUUUUCCGCGGCGAUCGUAUCGUUCCAUCGUCACAUGUCCAAUAUAUUCACAUGAUCUUAAUCGUGAUCUCCUUAGGCACUGGUCUUGCCAUAUGUCUUCUCUACUGGACAUUUAUCUACAAUCCCUCGAUGUCAAAUAACUAUCUAAAGAUGGUCUUCGAUCACGGAGUCCUGUGGAUUUUGAUCUUCAUCGAUAUCUUGAUUUUUACACGUCUACCAAUUUAUAUGAUUGACUUUUCAAUUUUAGUAAUAAUAGAACGGGAUACGUUUACCAGGCAUUCGAUCUUCAUCAUUCACCACUACGUGUGA